AAAAUAUAGAAGAAAGUGAGAGAAAGAAAGGAUCAUAAAGAAAAGAGAGAUAUGCUAUCCUUGAGCAAGUUUCGCCCAUUCCAAAUGGUGAAGAAGAUCCUACCCCAUACCAUCGCCGUCCCUCAUACCGUCGGAGGUCGUACUCAUACUCAGGUCACUUUUGGCUCAAAUAAGAGUUUGGUGGAAGCUGCGCCUAAAGAGAAGUUGAAACUGCACUUGUUCUCCAUCAGAGACUACUCAAACUCAUCACAGGAAAAGGCGCCCUGGUUAAAGACAGUGAAGGGUGAUCUGAGGACAUUUUUCCGAGCUGAAUACGAAAAACCCGUUGAAACCAAAACUGCUGGAAAGACCAAAACUGCUGGAAAGACCAAAACUGCUGGAAAUCCCUUACGGAAGGGGCUGAAACGAAUCAAAGAAAUAUAUGGAAUGAAAGAAGAGAUAAUUAUGGAAAAGGACAAAUCUGGACACAAGACUGUGACUCUCAAAUUCGAAGACUUUGAUGACAUGUAUGAGAGCAACGAGGUUGAUGAACAGGGUAACAAGGUAUGGUGUCCUCAUACCUACUAUUUGAAAGUCACUAUUCGCGGGACGAGAUGCUACUUCACCGUUGUGCACGGGACCUACAUCAUACCGAUCACCUGUGUGAAUAUUUGA